AUGGCAAAAUCCGUCCCGGACUGGCUGAGAAUAAUUCUCAUCUUGCUCAGCGGGGCUUCCUACUUGCCCCAGCUGCACCGCAUCUGGGUUCACGGGAACUGCCAGGGCAUCUCGCUCAGCUACCUGCUGCUGAACCUCAUCAGUGCGACCGAGCAAUUCACAAUAGGUUUCUUCAUCCUAGUGAAUCACAAAGGCGGGACGGAUCUCUUCGUCGAAACCCCUGUAACGACCGGUGACUGGCUAAACCUAGCCCAGCUCACCCUAGUUUGGGCCCUACAUUUCCUCCUCUUUCUCCUAUGUCUAUGGUUCCCAUCCGAUAAUCGCACCAUGUAUAAAUUUGUGCUGCUGACGGUCUAUAUGCUCUUCGCCCUCAUUUCUAUUAUACCACUUUUUAUUGAUGCUAUCGAUCAUGAUUUCUUUGGCCCCCCGGAAUGGCGCAAUGGGGGCGAGGCUCUCUUCAGCGGCUACCACGCGAUGUUCAUGAAUCCUAUCGUCACGAUCCUGGCUCUCGCUGCACUCCCUUGCCAAGCGCGAGCUAUUCGUGCCCUGCCCAUAGGGGACUUGAAAUCCCUCAGUCUCCUAGGGCUCCUAGCCCAGGGCGUCAUUUUCAGUGUGAUGGCGAUUUCGUGGACGAUGCGAGUGAGGUUCCUGGAUCUGUCAUUUAGGGAUGUAAUCGCGUAUGGGUUCUUGACGUUCGUGAGCUGGUAUCAGAUGGUGGGGUGGGCAGCGGUGAAUAAUGCGGUGUUUGCCCUAGUGCAGAUAUCGUUGCUCUGUUUGGUGAGGAAUUGGGGGUCGGUGAAGAUGGCUGUAGCAGAUAGGGAAAGUGAACCUCUACUAGGCGCACUCGAGUAA